AUGAAAAUUUCGGAUUUUGGUUUGUCAAGGGAUGUGCAUUACAAUGAUUAUUACCGUAAGAAAGGAAACGGUCGCUUGCCGAUCAAAUGGAUGGCGUUGGAAGCCCUGGAUUCUCAUGUUUAUACCAUCUACAGUGACGUCUGGUCAUUUGGAAUACUGCUGUGGGAAAUAAUGACUCUCGGUGGCACGCCUUAUCCGUCAAUUGCAAUGCAGCAGCUGUAUUCUUGCCUCAAAGAAGGCUAUCGAAUGGAGGCACCAGACAACUGCCCCGAGGAAGUAUAUGAUGUUAUGGUAGCUUGUUGGCAGGUCAGCUACUUGCUGUAG